AUGAUUCUUGUAUUCAAAACAGCUGUAUCGUGGAUGAAAAUUCCAAGAAAAGAGGUCGAAAAGAAAGUACGCUUCCCCGGACAAUGGUUGUUGUUUAAUUGUUCUGUUAAUACAUCCGAAGAGGUAACUUUAUCAUUUAAGAAAAACAGCGCAUCUGAAGAGAAACGUCUAGUUAUUGAUAAAAAGAUAAUAUUGGUUUCUAAGAAUAUCUUCAACAUAACAAGCUUGGCAUACAUGGAUAUGGGAUAUUACAUGUGCAGAGUUCGUCGACUGGAAAAACAAGUAUUUCUUGAAAUAUUAGAAGGUAAUCUUAUUCUUAAAAUAAAGCUUAUUCUUUACAGAACAUCGCUUUUCUUAGUGCGGCACUAUAUAUCUACUUGUGAAAUUCAUGCUAAGUCAAUGAUCUAA